UCCGUGUCAGUUGCGGGCCGGUAAUGGCGGCGCUGAGCGGCCGCUGAGGGGCCGCGCUCCGGGCCCUGGCCGCGCUCCCCCCGCGGGAUGUGCCGCCCCCCGCACCGCCACCUGCCGCCGGCGCAGCGGGCGGCCGCCAGAUAAAUUGGCACGAUGUGGAGCAACACAUCAAAUGAGGUGCCUCUACAAAAUCUGAGGCAUAACCAAAGCAAGGAUUCUACCAGAGAUCAAACUGCAGCAUGGGCUUCUUUUUCUCAGACUAAGGCUGCUCUACGUCAUAUAGAGAACAAAUUGGAAAUAGCCCCCACCGGCACGGCUGUGUUUGAUUCAGUCAUGGAUGCCAAGAAGCCCUCUGCCAGUGGCAGCAGGAAAGCCAGCAGGAAGGCUUCCCGGUCUUCCAGCCAAAAUAAAUCAAGCAAGGAGAAGUCCUCACGCAGCCCCCUUCGAGCGACCACCCUGGAAAGCAACGUGAAAAAAUGCAGCCGUGUGGAAUUUCGUGAACCAUUGGCUUCAUACAGGGAUAUAUAUAGUUCUCUGUCUUAUCACAGUUCUAGCCAACUUGAGGCCAAGCAACUGCUCUCUGGCUUGGACUUGAGCGAAGCAGAGGGGAAGGCUGAGCUCACAGGCCACCUGACACACGAGCGGGAGGAGCGGGAUCGGCACAGCAGAGACUUUGAAAGCCCCUGUUCGUCUGCUGCAGACGAGACUGUUGUUAGGUAUUUGAAUGACCGGCCGACAAUUGAUGCCUUGCAGAAUAAUGAGGCCUUGCUUAGGGUUGCAGCAUCUCCAAGGUUGGAAGAGGAAAAAACCAGUGGCUCCAGAGGAGAUGAGAGUAGCACUAAAGCUUCUCAGAGUAGCACGUCCCAGGACAGUGAACUGAAAGUGUCUUCCCCUUCUGCCGCGAGUAUUUGUAGUGCUCACAGGCUGGAAAUCCUGAAACAGCGGCAGCACGAUGCCAAGUUGGAGAAGCUGAAGGAGCGGAUCCGAAAGCAGUGGGAGAAUUCUGAAGAGCCCAGUGGCAGAGGGCAGCACUUGGGAUGUGCUGAGCAACCUGUGGUGAUCAGUAACGUGGAGAACACGGUGACUCCCAAAGUCAGGAAGGUGACAGCUGUGCCUGCUGCUCCAUCAUACAGAGGUUUCAAUCCCGCUGAAACAAAGAUUCGCACUCCAGAUGGAAAGAUCUGGCACGCGGACGAGUUUCGUGUUAGUCGGGAGUUGUACAGAGAUAUAGCACGCCAGUUAAAAGAGGAUUCAACAGCAAAAGGAAAACCCAGUGAGAGAAACAGAGAGAAAAAAGCGACCAGGCCAGUGCGGAAAGUGCAAAAACUGACACGGUUGUCAAGUCCAGAGUCCAAACAAGGUGGAAAUUAUGUGAUAAAUGCAUCCUCCUGGCGGGAGGGACAAAAGCUGGUCAAAAAGAUACUGGGUCCAGCUCCCAGAAUAGAACAGGAGAGAAGAGCUGUAUCCGGUGACAGAACAGGACGAGAGAGAGCUGCCAAGUCUGCAGGUUGCAUUGGAAGGACAGGAUCAGAUUCUAGACUGGAUGUCACCCGCAAAAGCUCUUCAAGAAGCUCUGAAAGGUCAAGAAGUAAAGUACAGUCUGAGUCUAACCAGAAAAAACUGGAAGCUGCUCUUCCAGAUGAUAACCGAGAAGAUCAUGCCUCCGUAAAUAAGGAUUUCCUGCCCGUGGAGAUACGUGGAAUUCUCGACGACUUGCAGUUGGAUUCCAUGAGUACAAAGCAAGAGAAAGAUGUGGAAAAGCAGAAUCAAAAAUCUGUUUUGCCCACUCAAAACACCAGGAGCCACAGUCCAACCAAAAGGAAACCAGACAAGGUGGCUGCCAGUGAGGAGCCUCAGGUGAUCUCUAAGAAACGCCACUAUGACAGCGAUGAGGUUCGUCAGUACAUCAUCAGGCAGCAAGAGGAGAGGAAGAGGAAGCAGCAUGAAGAGAAGAAAGCACAAAAAGAGGCAACAGAACAGAAAAACAAAAGGCUCCAAGAGCUCUACAGAAAACAGAAGGAGGCUGUUGCUAAAGCAAAGCAUGUGCCUCCUCCUGAGCCUUCAGCAGCCAAACGGUUACAGGAAACCUACUCUAAACUAUUGCUGGAACGAACACUUUUAGAAGAGCCACCUCAGCUGCCUACGGUGCAGGAAGCACAGCCCAGACCUGGUUAUCAGCCCUCCGGGGAAUCCGACAAAGAAAACAAGGCUCAGGAGCGUCCCCCGAGUGCAUCUUCCAGCAGUGACAUGUCGCUCUCGGAGCCGCAGCAGCCGCUGCUGAGGAACGAGCUGAUGGAGCCUCCCUGGGUACAGCCAGACAGGCUAAGCCCAAGAGUCCAGCUCUCUCAUCCACAAGCUCUCUUGGGCUCAAGUGGGGGCCCUUGUUCCCAGCACUGGAGUCUGGAGCAGAUGGACCUUUUGUCAAAGGAGUGUGAUGCGGUGUUGGCAGGGAGGAGGAGCCAUUCUGCGCCUGUGGGAUCACUGGGGCCUCAGCCAUACCUGAAUUCCCCUGCUGCGCAGCAAAAUCUCUUAGCAAAACCUCCUGCUGGCCAAUAUAAGAGCAAACUAGAUCGCAUUGAAGCUUUGAAAGCUACAGCUGCUUCCCUUUCCAGCAGGAUUGAAAGCGAAGCCAAAAAGCUGGCUGGGGCUGGUAUCAACUAUGGUACCAUUUGGAACUCAGAAUUUAUGCAAGAAAACCAAGAUGAUGGACGGUGGGCAAAGGCUGUGAGUCCUCCUGUGAGAGAGGAAAACGAAGAUGCUUUUUCAGCCAGAAUUCAAAAAAUGUUGGGUGCCUGUGUGUCUCAUACAGCCUUUGAUGACAACCUUCCUGGGGUAGGCAACCUUAGUGAAUUUAAAAAGCUCCCUGAGACCAUCAGGCCUCUUACUGAUGUAGUCAGCCUUGGAUUGAGGUCUCCUGCUGCCAACAGGCAUGAGGGGAUCCUAGGACAUUUAUCCAAGAGACAGACUGACUCCCUGGGCCGUGAGAACCAGGGCUAUGCUCUGAAUAAAGUCGUCGUUCCUCACGAGUCCAGCAUCGACUCCAUCAGCGAAGGGCCUCUCCUGAGUGAUGGAAACCUCUCUGAAGAGGAAGGAGGCCAGCACAAACAGUUGCCACUGAAGAUGCUGGAGACAUUAAAAGAGAAGGAUUUCUGCAUCCGGGAGAGAAACGCUUUUGAGCCCAUAAAGGAGUUUCAGAAAGCAGCUGAGAAGUACUCGCCGCUUUUCCCUCAGACAAAUGACACCCACAGCAAGGGGCCCUGGGAGGAACUGGCCAAAGGAAGUCCCCACAGUGUCAUCAACAUCUUUGCUAAAAAUUAUCAGCUUCAUGGAAAAGUGUUUGAUGAAAGGCUGAACGGAGGGUCUGCCCUGCUGCGCCCUUUGCUUCCUACCAUGAGCCCUCCGGAGAGUGUGGCUUCUUAUGAAGAUGAUUUUGUCUCAUCACAGGGAAGUAGCACUUUAACAGACAAGAAGAUUGCACGUGACCUCAGUGUUGCUGGCAGCAGUAAUUCAAGCAUUCAGGAAGAAAUUCCAAGGAGGAAAUCUCCCCAUGAGCCUAGAUCUGUGGAACUUGCUUCUCAGCAUUCUUCUGGACCACGGUCUGCAGCAUCUUCUCGCUCCUCUACUUCCUCAAGAAGGAGAGGGAAAAAGGAACGGUUGGACUCUUUCAAUGGAAGUUCUCACCACUUUUCUGUGGAAGAAGAUAAAAUACUGUCUGAAUUAGAGUGGGGAUCCCAACAGGCAAAGAAAUCCUUAUCGAGUAGCAGAGUUUCUAGUAAAGACCAUGAGCAGAACCCGGAUACAGACAGUACCCUGGAAAACUUGUCUGGACACUCCCUGCUGAGUUUCUCGGACAAGGGAAGAUCCCAGAAGACACCAACUUCUUCCCCAUCUCCCAGUUCCCAAAAAAUGUUGCAGCUGGAUUCUGUGGGCAACGCAGCAGAAAGAGUCAAGUCACCUGCUGGCUUUUCUGGAGGUUCAGCCCCAGGGCUGAAGCCUAACGCAGCCUUCCACGACUUGAGCCUGGGAACCAGUCGCUCUGCAGCAGGAGCAGCCUCAGCGAGCGGGUGUAUGCGCUUCUCCCCCGCUGGGCUCCAGCAUCGCUUGUCAGCAGAGCUGAACUACCUCAGUGCCAUCGAGGAGUCCGUGCGACAGCUCUCGGAUUUGGAACGAGUGCGAGGCAUAUCCCUUGCCCAGCAGGAGAGUGUUUCCUUGGCUCAGAUUCUAAAGGCACAACAGCAGCGCCAUGAACGGGACUUAGCUCUUUUGAAAAUCAAGGCUGAACAAGAAGCUCUAGAAAGUCAGAGACAGCUAGAUGAGACAAGGCAGAAGGCAGCUCAGGUAAUGCUGCCCUUCAACAAAUGUGGAGUGUGUAACAGGCAAAAUGCUGUCCAUGCAGAGUCACUGCAGCAGCUGGUCCAGUCGCGGCAGGAGGCCGGGCAGGAGCCCCCGUGCAGCGCUGCAGCCAAGCAGGCAGAACCUGCACUGCUCACCACAGAUGCACCUCACCAGCUCCGGGAGAUGGCAGAGUUAGCACGGAGCCAGACCUCGGAUCCUGUCAGUGCUCCAGCUGCUCCCGUCACCGCCUUGUUUGACCACCAGCGGCAGCACCAUUCGGAGUUCAUGAAACAGCUGAGGGCCCGAGCUGACACAAACAGGAAAUGUGAGUCUGGUGCCAUAUCACAAGGUAAAGAGGAGACAGGUGACUCAAAACAGAUGUAUUCAGCCAUGUUUGAUAGUUAUUCAGAGUCCUCAAGAUCAAAGGUUCAUGAUCAGAGUAGCACCAGCAGCCGCCAGGAGAGCCCUUCAGCUCCAUCUUCCAAGGAGAUUGAGAAGAAGCUUUCCCGUCGUGAGAAGAUAAGCAGCAGCAUUGAAGACCAGGCUCACACUGGUGCAGAUGAUUCCUUGCCCAGUGACAGCGUUUUAUCCCUGCCGGAUGAAAAGGAUUCUGCUUCUGUUGCAACUGAGUAUUCCCUGAAAUUUGAUGAGUCCAUGACAGAGGAUGAGAUUGAAGAAAAAUCUUUUCGGUCUUUGCUGCCCUCUGAGAGUCAUCGCAGAAAUAACCUGGAGAAGAAGCGGGGUAGUCGAGAUGAUUCUGAUGAGGAAGUGUCCCCAGAAAAAACAGCUCUGUCAUCUAUCAAGGAGCUAAGCAUGCCAUUCUCAGGGGGGCAAGAUAGUUUCUCUAAGUUUACCAUGGAGAUGGUAAGGCAGUACAUGAAGGAGGAGGAAAUGCGAGCAGCUCAUCAGUCCUCUCUGCUUCGGCUCCGGGAGAAGGCUCUGAAAGAGAAGACCAAGGCUGAACUAGCCUGGCUGGAACACCAGAAGAAGCACUUGCGAGACAAGGGAGAGGAUGAUAAGAUGCCUCCUAUUCGAAAGAGGCAGCGUGGUCUGCUGCUGAGAUUACAGCAGGAAAAGGCAGAAAUUAAGCGUCUCCAAGAGGCUAACAAGGCUGCUCGGAAGGAGAGGCAGCUGAUCCUCAAACAGCAGGAGGAAAUAGAGAGAAUCCGCCAGACUACCAUGAAACUGCAGGAAAAACUGAAGUCUGCAGGGGAAAACAAGAUGGAGCUUCACAGUGAGGAUGACAUAAAGCAGAGCAAUGGUUCUAGUCCGCUUCCAGCUGACGCAGAAACACGCAGCCCUUCCCCAAUCUCAAUCUCCAGCAGUGAGACCAGCAGCAUCAUGCAGAAACUCAAAAAGAUGCGCAGCAGAAUGGAUGAAAAACACUGCUCUCCUGUUCACUACUUCUUCUCUGUCUUUACGUCUCACCACUGGGCCUCUCUCAGUGUCUGUUUUCCCAACCUCCACCCCAAAUUCCAGCUGUAUAUCUACAACCAAUUGGUCAGGUUCCUAACUAAGCGGGAACAGAAGCUGAUGCAGCGUCGGCAACACGCGGAAGAGUUGCUGGAGUGGAAGCGCCGCCUGGAUGCAGAGGAAGCAGAAAUACGGCGGAUAGAAAAGCAGGCUCUGGCUGCCUGGGACAAAGAGCUGCUCAAAACCAAAAUAGCCAAGAAAGAGCUGGGGGAUCAGAGAACUGAGCCCAAAGAAACUGCUAGUGAAGAAGAGUCUCCAGUGCCUUGCUCUCAUCUGAACAGUGAAAGCUCUAUCCCAGAAGAUCUUGGCAGUCUACCUGCUGAGUCUGUCCCAUCAGAGCCCAUGGGCCAUAGACAGCCAGAAAGCCCAGAUCAGAGUACAGUUAAUGAAGAAAUGGCUUAUUCUGAGGAGUUCAAGUCCUCCACCUCAGCUGGCAAACUCUCUCCUCCCAGAAGCAGCAUACCUCUAUCAAAGCAAGACUCCAGCAAAGGCAGCCACAGAACUGGAGGACAGCUACGUUCCCCUGUGAGGUCUCACCAGACAUCUCACAACUGGUCUGAUGAAUCCUUAUCUAUGACACAGUCAGAAACCACCUCUGAUCAAAGUGACAUCGAAGGACGCAUCAGGGCCCUGAAGGAUGAGCUACGGAAAAGGAAGUCUGUGGUUUACCAGCUGAAAAAGGAGCAGAAAAAGAGACAAAAGGAGAGACUGAAGGCCCAGGAAGCCAGUUUGAUCAAACAACUGGAGUCGUAUGAUGAGUUCAUCAAGAAGACUGAAGCAGAGCUGAGCCAGGAUCUGGAGGCAUCACCAACAGCCAAACCUCAGAUUAAAACUCUCUCCUCAGCUGCUGCUGAAAAACCUAAGAUCAAGGCACCACCACUCCAUAGGCCUGAGACAGCUAAAAACUGGAAAUCACUGACUGAAUCAGAGAGAUCCAGAGCAUCUUUGGAAUCCAUUUCAGAACACGCAGAUGCUGUGUCAUCAAGAUCUGAGAGAUCUGUGUCUGUGCACACCAAGACAGUGGCUGUGACAGAUGUUCAUGCUGGAGAACCUUCUGGAACAGCUUCCUCAGUUCUAAUACCAAGGAGUUCCAGAGCAGGAUCUGGUGAUUCCUUAAAUAGUGUGCCUUCAUCAGCUCUUCUGAAAGACAUAAAAGACAUUAGCAGGGUAUCCCCUGCGUCAGUGAACAAGGUGGUAAACGCUUCCAAUGUUGAUGCUGCUGUUAGUCAUAAAUCUGAGAUUACAGAAGAUGUGGAAUCCAUAAAGUCAGAGGAAUAUGAGAGUGAAGGUUCUCAUGUUAAGCCUCUGGAGAGUUCUGAUGUCUUGUUGAUGUUAGAUAAAGAACAGGAGAGCUCGCUGAACCUCUGCUCUGAAAACAAACACUCUCAGAAGGAACUGUUUGAUUUGGGCGUGGAAAGUCUUCAUGCUACAGAAGAAAUCCUAGAACAGAGACUGGCAGAUAAAGAGCCUGUAAGUGGCCCAAGUGUAAAGGAGUCUCCUAAUAAGCUCAGUAAAUCUGCAGAGGAAAAAGGUUAUCUGCCUUCAGAGCAGCUUUUUACUCAAAAAGAGCCAUCGUACUUUGAUGACUUCGAAGGAUCCUCCUCCAGAAAACAAAUGUCAGCUGAAGAAACACCUCCUGGGGAGCGUUACAAAGAUGACUUCGAGGGAUCCCUUCUCUCCGCUAACGCGGAGUCGCUGAGGGAGCAGUCCCAGCACAGGGAGCAGGCCAGCAGGAGCAGAUCCACCAGCCUGGGCAGCGAUGGUGAGAUCAGUGAGUGCCUCAGUGACAGGUCUCUCUCUGGCAGCAUGCAUUCAGAGAGGCUACUGGAACUCAAGUCCCCAACUGAACUUAUGAAAAACACCGAACGCAGAGAUGUGGAGCCGGAACAGUCCCCUACCGGGUCCCCUCUGUGGGCCCCUGUUGCAAUCACAGAAGAAACAGAUAGUUUGUCAAAUUUCAACAUUGGUGAUAGAGUACUUGUGAGUAAAGUGCAGCCUGGAACGUUGCGAUUCAAAGGGCUGACUAAAUUUGCCAAAGGGUUUUGGGCUGGCGUGGAGUUGGAUAAACCUGAAGGGAACAAUAAUGGAACUUAUGAUGGUAUUAAAUACUUUGAUUGCAAAGAGAAACAUGGUAUCUUUGCUCCUCCUCAAAAAAUCUCUCACAUUACAGAAAGUAUCGAUAGCCAGUUAGACACAAAUAAGGAUGAAGACUCAUUCUUUGAUGACAGACUGGAGAAGCAACACAAAGCUGAGCAGAAAGACAGAGGAAUUUCCAAACCUGGCAAAGAGGAUGAAAGCCAGAGCAGAAAUGCAAUAGAGAACUAUUCCCAGGAUAAAGCUCCUGCAGAUAGAGCUGUUUCAGAGGCUUCAGCUGAGGAAAGGGUUGAUGAGGAGUUGUCAUCUAAAGCAAACAGCAUAAAGGAGAUUUCUGUAGCUACUGGUUUAUUUGCCCAAGAACAAUCAGUGGUGGCUUAUCUGAAGGAUGCUGUAAAGGAGGAGGCCACCCACACUCCUCUUGUUUCUAGUCUUGAGGAUGAGAUUUCCUCUGUUCAGUUGGAUGACAUCUCAGAUUUCCUUUCUGAAAAACUGGAAAGGCAGAAGACACUGGGAGAAGAAUGUACUGAAAAGUUAGAUGAUCUCUCUCCUGGUGUCGUGGAGAAGUCUGCAACUCCACUUCUGGAUUUGCUGACAAAAGAAAAGAACCAGUUAGAAGCACAGCUCAAACUGCCACUCAGAGAGGAAGAAAAGUCAAAAGAUCAACUGGAAAAGGUCAGUUUGCUGACUGACAGCCUACUUAGAGAUUUUGUGAAAGACACAGUCAAUCAGUUACAGCAAAUAAAGAAGGUCAGGAAUGAGAAAAUACAGCUCAGCAACCAGGAGCUCUGUGAUGUGAAGGAGGAAUCCUGUAGCCCAUCCCAGCAGGUUGAAAAGCAGAUUCCAGACGGACUGAAUAACUUCUUCCUAAGUUCUGAUUUGGAAGAUGACAGAGAAGAACUUUCCUCUCCAGACAUGUGUCCCAGACCAGAGAGUCCAGUGUUUGGUGCCAGUGGUCAGGAAGAGCUUGCCAAGAGACUGGCAGAGCUGGAGCUCAACCGUGAGUUCCUGAGUGUGCUGGGAGAUGAUCAAGACUGGUUUGAUGAGGACUAUGGCCUGAGUUCCCGUAAGCUCCAGCAGAAGGAAGCCGAGGAGCCGGCAGUGCUGCCCCAGGUGGAACUGCAGAAGGUGCCGACAAAGCCGUGUGAGGAGCCCCUGGCAGUCCCUCACACUGCAGUGGAGGUGGAAGGUAUGGUCCAUGCAGCAGCUGAGGAACUCUGGAAGCUCAGGGAGCUGGGCCACGAUCUUCAAAGCUGCAGCCUUCGUUCAGACCUUAGUGGUUCCCUCCAGGAGCAGGACACGGACACGAUAAACAAGCAGGUUUAUAAAAAGGUGGUAUUUGAUUUAACAAGGGAGAUCUUCGGGGAAAUCUUUGCUGAGGAUCCUAAUCUAAAUCAGCCUAUUUGGAUGAAACCAUGUAGGAUUGCAUCUGCUUAUUUUCGCCGAGUCAAAGAUCCAAAUGAUCUGGAUGAAAUCAAGAGCUUCAUUGCAGCUGAAGUGCUGAAGUUGUUCAGCCUGAGGAAGGAGCCUAAUCACAAAACAGACUGGCAGAAGAUGAUGAAAUUUGGGCGGAAGAAACGCGACCGAGUGGAUCAUAUACUAGUGCAGGAGCUCCACGAGGAGGAAGCGCAGUGGGUGAACUACGACGAGGAUGAGCUGUGUGUAAAGAUGCAGUUGGCAGACGGGAUCUUCGAGGCCUUAAUCAGAGACACUGUUGAUGUGCUGAACCAGAUAAAUGAGAAACAGCGGAGGCUGCUGCUUGUCUGACAGUGCUGGAGUGAGCUCAGAGCUGCAGAACCACGGAGUCAGGGCCUCCCUGACCUCUGACCUGCUCUCCACCCGCUCCUGCUGCGGCUGGACUUCCAUGCACAGGGUCUCAAGGCAGUUCAGAUGCGAUGAAAGGAGCCUGAACUCGCAUCUGCUACCACUCGAGACCUUACUUCAGAUUUAUUGUUUGAAACAAGCUGAUCCCUCACUCAAGGCUGCUUUGUGGAGUGCUCAAGACUGUUCGUGUGCCAAUGCAUUUAUAGCACAGAACUGUCAGCGGCUGUCUGGGGCCCCAGGCAGGGGCUUUGACAUGUUCGGCUUCUUCCCUGAAAGGGUUGGGUUGAGUUGGGAUAUUGGCUGUUUUGCUGGAAUGGCUGUCAGCCAUCAGUACUCAACUUAUCUUUAGAAAUGUGAGUAAUUUGGAGAAGCAACAAUUUGGUCAGGUUUUGGUCGUAAGUGGAGACUUACCGUACUGAACAGUGUUAUAAUCUUAACACCUCUUCUCCUGCAGCCCUGACAAUGUGCAUCAGUUCCUUCUGCUCCAGAGCCCAUUUAAUUCACUUCUCUGUGAAGCUGGUUUUCAUCUUUCUUCUGUGAUGUGGUACUAAGCAUGGUGCCAGCCCAGUCCAGGGAGAUUAGAUGAUGUUGCUUCCUGCAUACAAGUAAAGAAUUCUUGCUGCUUUGCCGAUGUAACUUGCUUCAGUCCUGAGGCGGAGCAAGACAACGGCCGCCUAAUGUGUGAAAGAUGAGCCCUUGGACAACUUUCCUCCUACCGUGUAGCACUUCUCUUCCUGGAGCACCAGCUGCUCCCAGACAACGGAUACUCAGGAUUUUCUCAGGCACGAGACAUGCAGGAGUGGAAAAUGUUUCCUCACAAAAAAUUUGGCCUUCAAUCCCUCAGCUUUCUCCCUCACUGUCACCUAAUAAAUUGGAGAAGCUGUUACUUGAACAAUUUAGAGAACAGAGAGUAUUCACCAAAGAAAGCGGUGUCUGGUGCUUGACUGUCUGCAUGUUUUGUGCUUGUGGGUUUUUUAUUUAUUUUCAGAUAAUUUAUUAAGUGGGUUAUAGGAGAGUGUCCUGUGCAGUUGGCUGCACUGUCUUGUGUUUUGGGACAGACGAACUUGAGAGAGCAUCUGGUUUGGAGACUUCCAAAGUCCCAUAUUCUUCGCACAAAACCUCCAGCUUCUCGAGGCAGAUACGAGGGGGGUGAAGGUGAGAAGAACCAAACCUCAGUGACCAAGGACUAGGAGUGGAGUUUCACCACACCUGGUUCGGAGACAAUGGAGAGUUGAGGGCGCUGAGCUGAAAAAUGAUGUGAAAAUUCCCAGCUCCAUCUGUUUCCUUCCUUUCCCAGAACUUCUGCACCAUGGGCAGCUGUUACCUGGUUGGUUUGGUGCUGGAUUCAACUGCAGUGUCCUUCUGCUGAGUGCUCGUUCCUAACCUGUUCCUCCCGUCCUUGUGUUUUUCUUGGAGGAACACGGACAAUCUGGGGUCGAACUCUGAUGCCUUAAUAGUGGAUGUCCCUGUUUGCUAACCUGGGACGAGACCCAGAGGAAAGUCAGAUUCUCCAGACAUGCUGGAGUGCAGAAAGACGCUGAAGCCUCAGAGGUGCCCCAGAGAUGCUGUGGCUCACAACAGACGUGGCGGGGAGAUCUCAACCAUUUUGUUCACCUGCUUGGUUCUUGGGCUCCCCACUGUGCACACCUCUGCUGCUGCUCCAGUUUGGUUUCUCUUUUCCACCUUUUUUUUUUUUUGGUUGGGUCAUUUAAUGUUUGGGGGGUUUUUUGAAAGAUAUCAUUGGAAUAUUUGCAUUUUGCACGAUGACACACAGCUGGUAAUUCUUCAGGGACAGCACGGGGAAAUGUUGGAUUUGCCAGAGGUCCAUGCAGAUUCUCAGAUGUAGUGUUGCCAGCACCUCACUUGUGAGUUAAUGGGGAGCCAUAUCCAUGGGAGCUUAAUGAGUGGAAGGAGAAGGAGGAGGUAGUGGUGGAUAGGGGCACAUCCAAUGGGUAUAUGCAUGUCUGUCCCGCAGUGGUGGCCCUUCUGGCUGGCUGGAAGUCUGGUCAAGCAUUGCUCAGCUUUUUUUCUUAAGUGAUUCAUUUGUCCAUGUAAAAUGUCAUGAUGCUGAACCAGGAAGCUCUUAAGACAGAAGCAAACUAAAGCUGCUAGAUUUAACCAGCAUGGUGUCACUGAUUGGGUCACCACCUCAGAUUCCCUUUCCUGGGUGUAUCUUUUCAGUAGCAAGGAUUGCUAUUUUUAUAGGUAGCAAUUAAGGAAAGAGGGCAGAAACCUGCAGUUUAGGUUUGCACCUGGAGCAUCAGGUUAGGUUCUGUUCUGUAGAUACCAUGGUCAGGGUUGAGAAGGUUGCCCUGCAUGCCCAAGGCUUUUUGGCCGUUCUGAGGGAUUUGUGGGGUGUUUCUGGUCUGUCCAACAGCAGGGAGGAGGUCGUACAGUCAGGCCUGACAAGGUACUGCAGUCUGUUGGAGAUGGUAUACCUGUUUAUACAGGUAUAAACUGCUGGCUUUAGAACCCUCAACAGAAGCAGUAACUGUUUUUACAGCUGUUUGGACAGAAGGAAGCUGUGUCUAACUAAUGGCUUUAUUCCUUUGCAGACAUCACUGUUUAUUUUCGGUAGCAAUCCUUGCUAGGAGCAACCCUAAAAAGAACGUACAUGAAUUACUUUCUCAAUACCUCAAGUGUGUUGAGUUGCUUUGAGUUGAGUGUAUGUUCAAAACCUCGAGUGGGUUGAGUACUCGUGGACUGAUCAUUGCAGUGGUUGGUUUGGAUUGGGCUGGUAACAAGGAGAUAUGGGGAAGCCUGGGGUCCCACAAACGGGCUGAAUUCUCUACUUCUCUCCCCAACUUCUUCCCCUUAUAAGAACAAGAUGAUAUUCCUGGGUCUGCUUAUCUCAGUGCAACCACGUUAGAAGAUUCAAGGCUUGAGACAUUUUGCUGAGACCCACGAGCUGUCCAGGGCAGUGGCUGCCAUCACUGGGGAGAUGCCACUCCGUUUUGGGAAGGAUCCCAGGGCCAGGUGGGAAAGCCCAGGCUUGUGAGGACAUGGGGCACGAGUACCUCUCUCACAGCAGGACGCUCCAUGAGUUGCACUGUGGGAUAUCAGUACUUCUGUCUUUCAAAAAAGGCUUGUUGCUCAUAAGGUGGAAUGAGGGAUUGAAAAAUCCCAUCUUGUUCCCUUUCUUUUCUUGAAAAAGUGGCCUUAGCUUUUUGCAAUACUUGAAUAAGUGUGUACCUGCAGAAGACCUUCAGUAGCACAGUGACAGAGACCUUUUAAGUGACUAUUCUGCAAGGAACUGUGUGCAGUUCCCACUUUCAUAUCCCUUUGCUACCUUCAGAAUAUUAGGAAAAUACAGUACUUUUCAGCAGAGAAACAGUCGGAUCUUAUAAGGUAUUUAGUGCAUCUGAAGUGUUUACAAACCAACUAAAAUGGAGAAAAGCAAACUAUCAAACUUAUUUGUAAUUUAAGCGUUAAAUGCAAGAUUAUAUACAGAUGAAAGAGGAAUACUGUAAUUAACCUGCAUUUACUAGGGUUUUUUUCCCUUGACUUUGCAGAGCCUUUUGAUACACAUUUGCAAAGCCGCCUUUCGGGAGGCUCCGUCUCCCCGUGUACUGUGCUGUGGAGAUGCUGAAAAGAAACCUGUUUACUGUGUCUGUGUAAAUAACCUGGUAACUUGGGGUUUGGGCCAGUUUCAGCUCGUGUUCACAUCCACAGCAGCUUUGCACAGUAGACAGACCUGAGGAUGUGGAGGGGUUGGGGGUUUCUUUUUUUUGUAAUUAAGAAUUGUAAAAUAACCAGGGUGGUCCCUGUGUACACCAGUGUAAAUAUCUUUGGUAACUGAAAUGUACUUUAAGAGAACAAAAUCUGUAAAUAAACUGAUUUAUAAAUUAA